CCCUCCCCCAACCUUUCUGAGGUUCAGUCAGACUUUGCAGAGGCAAGAGAGCCCCAGAAGGAUCAGAUACAAGAGAGGGACUCUGUCACAGAAAUUAAUCAGGUUCAUAUUUGGACUCUAUUUCAACUCCUGGACUUCUUCUGGACUUAUCUUAAGGACAGUUUGCAGCAUUGAACAAUUUUGAACCCUGGACCCUACUGGUACUUCACUGGACUGUACUGGACUGAUAUGGACUCAUUGGUUUCUGUUCGUUCUGAUUAUCUGUUAAGUAGUUAGUUUUAUUCAGGAGUUGGUGAAAUCUGCUUUGAAGUUUGCUGAUGAAUGGAGUUUGACAGAUUCUGUACUGCAGGAAUAUUUUUCGGAGUUAAGGUAAAAGAGGGUAAUGUAAUUCAAAUUUUGGUUGUAUCUCCAUUAAUUUAAUUUUGAUAUUUUAAAUAUAACAACAGGGUCAGGUAAAGACAAAUCAAUCCUGGUUAGGCAAGUAAAGGUUUACUGGAUUUAUUACUGGAAAAAAAGUGAUAUCCCUAUUUAUUCUUUGAAUGUUGGCCUAGUUUAGCCUCAUGUCUCAGUGGAGGAUGCAAAAGACCAUCAGUAGCAGUAGCAUCUGUAGCAGCAUGAGUCUCCUGUGUGUCCUUGGGCUGCUGUUGGUCUGUCUGGCUCCUGGAGGCAGGGCCCAGAGGCCAAGGGAGCCAGAGGGAGAGCAGCCAGCAGCCCAGGCUCAGCUGGACGAGAGAGACGCAAUCUGCAACCAGGAUGGAUGCUACAGCGUCUACCUCCAGAAGAGAAGCUUCAGGGAGGCUGGGCGGAGCUGCCGGGAGCGAGGUGGGACCCUGGCAACCAUGCACACCCAUGAGGCAGCGGGUGUGGUCCAUAAGCUGCUAUCGGCCAUUGAAGCGCAGGGGGCCAGAUCAAGGCUUCGACUCUGGAUCGGGCUGCACAGACCGCCACGCCAGUGUUCAUCCACCCGGCCCCUCAGAGGAUUCGUCUGGGUCACAGGAGACCAGGAUGGCCAGUUUACCAAUUGGCUCCGUGAAGACUCCCCUGGGACAUGUGCAGCCCCUCGCUGUGUGGCCAUGACUGUCAACACUUCUGAGAAUGGCCGUGAGAGCAGCGACAACUUUCAGUGGGUUGAUGGCUCCUGUGCAUUGCCGUUGGACGGAUACGUUUGCCAGUACAAUUACAAAGGGAUGUGUUCCCCACUGGAGAACGAGGGCAGAGGUCCGGCUGUUUACACCACCCCAUUCCACCUAGUCAGCACCCGGCUGACACACGUGCCCUAUGGGUCUGUAGCCACUGUGCCGUGCCCUGCUGACACCUCAAACCCAGAUGCUGGUGCUGAGCAGACUGUGCUGUGCAUGGAGAGAGAUGACGAGACUGUCGGCUGGUCCAGGGAUGCCCCGCUCUGCUCGUCGGCUGCAGCUCCUCAGAACCAGGACUGGUGUAGCGGGGACCACGGAUGUGAGCAGUACUGCCAGAACACGGACACAGAUUACUACUGUUACUGCUCAGAGGGCUUUACAAUAGACGAGGACGGAUACACCUGCAAGCCUGACCCCUUGAGCCAAACUGAUCAACCUGGAUUAUCAUCUGACUCCGCUGCCCACAUUGAUCAGCCCCACAUCAAGGAGGUCUGUGUGGAGAUGGGGUGUGAACACAACUGUAUAGAGACAACCCGGGGAGUCCGCUGCACUUGCCCCCCUGGCUACCAAAUGGGUCCGGAUGGCCGCAGAUGUUCUGACGUGGAUGAAUGUCUACAACAACCAUGCCCUCAACUCUGUGUCAACAUCCCAGGCACCUUCCACUGCACCUGCCACAAUGGGUAUCAGCCGGACGACGAGGGGGAGUGCGUGGAUGUUGACGAGUGCCUGGAUGAGGGCACCUGUGAAGGCACUUGCGAGAAUACAAUUGGGUCCUUCUCUUGCUUGUGUAAUCCUGGGUAUGAGUCUGGCAGUGAUGGAGUGUGUGUUGAUGUAGACGAGUGUGUGGGCGAGUCGCCCUGCCACCAGCAGUGUCUCAACUUUAUGGGAGGAUACCAGUGUUUCUGUGAGAGUAGCUUUGACCUGCAGCCGGAUGGACUUACUUGCCAACCUUCACCUGAUGAUGAGGAAUAUUCCACCCUGUCUCCUGACCCCAGUGACUCUGCUCACAUACCUGACUUUGACCCGAACUUUGAUAUUCCCUGGUCCAGCUCGUUCACCCCCGACCCGAGUUUUGAAGCUGAAACCAACUUUGACGUUGAUUGGCUGACAGAAGCCCCUGAGGCACUCUCUCCUGACAUGAACCAUGGGUCAGAUAAUCACCUAAACCAAUGGGAUGCCCUUUCACCAAAGCGAUACCAGACAGCCCCAUCCCCAACACAAAAAGGCAACACAGGAAAUGAAAUAGAUAAUGAGGCUCUAGCUAAGACAGGAGGUAGAGCAGCUAGUGAUGGAGUAGGAGAUGAGACUGCAAAUGAGUCGGGCACCGGUACCAGGGAGGGGGAGGAAUCUAACAUAAAUGAUACAAAGGAUGUCAGUGGCACAGUUGAGGAAGGGGCUGGAUCUACCGCAGGAAAACGAAAGCAUGACAAGAGCUGGCUGCUAGUGGCCCUACUGGUGCCUCUAUGCGUAUUCCUCGUAGUAAUGCUCGCUCUGGGGAUUGUUUACUGCACCAGCUGUGCUGUCGACAAGAGCCUGAGCUUCUCAAACUGCUAUCGCUGGAUACUCCCCACUACGCCUCCUGAUAGGAGGAACGGCAAAACCCAAGCAUGAACCCUAAAAUGAACAAACAUAGGUGCAUGAGCAAACACAGAUUUUUUUGAAAGCUCAGAUGUUUGUUAACAUUCCUCUUGUGGUGCAGGACUUGUCACUGAAACUACCAUUUGGAUAAUAAUUCAGCUGCGUGGCUCUCUCAUUCAUCAAGAAAAAUUUAAAUCCUUUCUGUUUCACACCCUCUGUAAAUAAUUCACUUUCAUCAUGUUUUGGAAUUCAAUAAAACCAAUAAACUAAUGAAAUACGG